GCGGUUGUUUAGCUAAGUGUAGGUAUCUCCGGCUCGUUUCUGUUUUUUUUUUGUUUUUUUUUUGGGGGGGGGGGGGGGGGGGGGGGGGGGCUGCAUCGGUGUUGAGAGGUCAUGCUGUUUUGUAAUUUCUCCGAUUUCAGUUUUGGUGCUCGUGUUGUGUGUUCACCCGUUGGUCGUUUGACUCGUCAUUGGAGGGUUUGGGUGUGGAUUCUCUUAUUAGAAGGCACCCACACCAGAGCAGGUACCUUAUAGUGUUUUCCCCCGUUUUUGGGUGACUUGUAAACAUUUUGCUGCCCAAGGACUCUGAGUCUGGGUGGUCAUGCUGUUUUGUAAUUUCUCUGAUUUUAGUUUCCAGCCUGCGCUCGAUUUCAGUUUUGGUGCUCGUGUUGUGUGUUCACCCGUGGUCGUUUGAUUCGACAUUGGAGGGUUUGGGUGUGGAUUCUCUUAUUAGAAGGCACCCGCACCGGAGCAGGUAGCUUAUAGUGUUUUCCCCCGUUUUUGGGUAACUUGUAAACAUUUUGCUGCCCAGGAUACUGAGUCUGGGCAAUGCCGUUUCUGUCUGCUUUACUACGGCCCUUGUGCUCAACUCGCGAUUUCCUUGGUUGAACUCUUGAUCGAUCAUUUGAUUUUUCACAGUUUAUUUUUUCAUUUAUGUUAACAUGUUGGGCCCUAAUUUUGUAAGAUGCGUGAAGAUGUGGUUGCUGUCAUUUGUUGGUUAUUUGCGUACUCUAUCAUGACAUGCUACUAUGCUAGUAUUUCUGACGCUUGGAUUCCUCUCUUAUUCGACUCUUCCGGCCGAUGUAUUUUGUAGUUUGGGUAUGGUAGGGCUGCAACAUUGCUUGCACAUCUGCAUUGGAGUGUGAUGAUCAUCUGUCCACUAGGAGUUUAUUGCUCAUCUACCUGUGCUUGAACCAUGCAGAGACAAACUGACAGAGUGAUGUCCAAUUUUGCCAUGUUGCUUGGAUUCUUUCCUCUCUUUUCAAUUUUUUACAUGUGGGGUUAUUUUAACAUUUUGGUUGUCGGUCAUGUUACUUAGUUCAGGAGGCAACUCUAUGUUCCCUUUCCUGGUCCUGAUCAUUCUAUGCCAAUUUUGACAGUAUUUAUGUCCGUAGAUAACGUUUUCAUUAAUGUGUGAUUAGUUGAUGAAUGUGUUUGAGAGGAAUCCUUAUCAUGCUUUUGCUGUGAUCCUUCAUGCUUAUCUGUGAUGACUUCUAAUAGCAUAUAAAUUCUUCAAGGAUUAGACGUUGCUGUCCAGAAAUUAUGACCAAAGGCAAAUACUUUGUACUUUGCACAGACUGCUUUGAGUUUGUUUGAUACCUUCAAUUUUGCUAUUAUACCUAUGCACAACAGCACAAGUGGUUCUUGCACCAUUUCCUCAAACCAAAAAGCACCUUGGAAGAACUACAAAACACAACAGGUCUGACAGUUCAUAAGAGGUACCCUUUUGGGAAGGUCCUCACCAUGGAUCUAUCCCAGGCACUGACCUCAUCCAGUGAUGAUGAAACCAGGGCACUUGGUACAUUGCUUGAUAUGUUCAGCAGUUCCUUUUCACUUGAUGAUAUAGCUGAUGCAUAUAUCAAAGCAAAUGGCGAUGUUAACAAAGCUGGAGAUUUCUUAUACGACCUUCAACAUUCAUUGCCUCAUACCAAAGAUGUUGAGUCAAGUGUCGAGGCUAACCUUUCCCAUACUGACAAGGCAGUUGAAGAAAACUGUAUGGACAAUUCAAGCCAACCAAGAACUCUUCUCCGUACUGAGCAGGCAGUUGAAGAAAAUCAUUUCGAGAAUUCAGAUCACACAAAAAUGCCUGAAAAUCUGCAUAAGUCUAGUGCUGCAUUUGGUACUGUCUCCAGCAUGUUAAGAAAAGAGUCUAUCAGGGCUACAACAACAGCGAGUAGAGCAUCAAAAAAAGGCAAACCUCUUAGGGUUGAACUGCCAGAGUACAUGCGGGAUGAUUUUAAGGUGACAUCUGAUGAAUCUGACUCUGCACCGAGGAGAGAGACUUUGAAUAACAGGGAUGUUGAGGAGUUUCUGUUUUGCAUGCUUGGUGAAGGAUUUAAGCUCAGUAAAGAAUUGAUCCAUGAAGUUCUAGGCAGCUGUGGAUAUGAUAUUAAGAAGAGCAUGGAGGAAUUGAUGUCAUUUUCUGAAAAAGAUCUAGACAAAAAGGCCGAAAGCAAACAUAAUGCGAUACAAGAUUUGGCAGUGGAAUGUUCUGUUCCAAAGGGAAGUUGCUUAGGCUCACAGUCAAUAGAGGGAAUGCAGAGGUCAAAGCCAAAGAUUUCUGCAGAAGAGGUGAUAGAAGCAAUCUUCACUGUACCUGAACGAUUGGAGGAGGAGCCAAAAUUAAAACGAUAUGGAUUGGGCGCAAACCGAAACAGAGUCCCACAUCAGAAACCAGUCCUGAAACCUCUUGAGGACGUUCCAACAUAUUCUACUGAGUUUCCCAUCAACAUUAUCAUAGGUAGCAAAGCACCGUCUAUGAAUGAGGACGAAUACCAGAACUACCGCAGGGCUGCAAAGCAGCACUGGUUUAUGAUGAAGCAGUACUAUGAGAAGGCUGCUGAUGCUUUCAGGGAGGGUAACCAGAAAGAAGUCGAUUAUCUUAUACAGGAAGGCAAGCGCUAUUAUCAGAUGGCUCGACUCGCUGAUGAGAAAUCUGCUAGGGAGAUUAUCAAGCCCAGGGAAACAGAGUCAAAAAAUGAAUUUUGUCUUGAUCUGCGCAAACAAGAUGCAGGAAAUGUAUCUAAUCUCUUGAGACUCCAUCUUAAACAGUUGGCAAACAUUCCAUCUUUUGAUUACCUGAGAGUUAUUAUUGGUAUUGACGACAGCAGUUUCAAGAUGGGACAAAGAAGAAGAAAGGUGAUGAAGUAUGUGGAAAAGAAUUCACUCCAGUGGACUGAAGAAGAACCUCGCUCUGGGAACAUCCUCAUCCGGAUUAAUCAGGUGGAAAAUCGGCAGGGAUAGGUUCAUGUAUACAAAGGUGGCGUGACACAAGGUGACAGAAGAUGGAUCGUAGAUCUUAAUAAGUGCCGUUUUGAAUCAAGGUGAUGUUCUUUCGGCACAGGGAGUCAUGUAAUUGCUGCAUUGCUGACGUAAUGUAACCAGCAAUGCAGCAAUUAACUCGAAACGUCUGCAAUGUAUGCACAAAAAGAAUACCAUUCAUGGCAACUUGAACAUGUGGACAAUGGUUUCUGAUAUCUCAAGGGUCCUUUGCAGUUUCGAAA